CGCAGGUUUGUGCAGUUUUGGUCCAUUGUCAUCGUUUUUGAUGGGAUCACGGGGAGCAGCGAGUGAUCACGAGAAAUAGAUUGCACGUAUGCACGUAUUGAACGAUAAUAGCUACAUUGACGAGGGACGUAUAGGCAAGUGUACAAGGCUGUACAUCCGAUCAGUGUGUGUAUGCGAGCACAACCGCGUGCGGGCGGUUCCCACACGUCCGUGCAACAAGUGUCAUACACGGGAGCGCGGCGAAUAACCGAUUAUUCCGAAGGGCACCGUGCAUGGUGCUCGUUCUUUCUUCACCGAAUAGAAAGAACGACCGGCGAGAAUGGGUUGUGCGGUGAGCACCACCGGCGAGAAAGAAGCUGCGGAGAGGUCUAAGAAGAUCGACAAGGAUCUCAGAGCCGAUGGGGAACGGGCCGCCAGUGAGGUCAAGCUCCUCUUGCUUGGAGCUGGAGAAUCUGGAAAAUCUACUAUAGUAAAACAAAUGAAAAUUAUCCAUGAAACUGGCUAUAGUAAAGAAGAAUGUGAACAAUAUAAACCUGUAGUUUGUAGUAAUACAGUUCAAAGUCUUAUGACAAUAAUUAGAGCCAUGGGUCAACUUAGAAUUGACUUUGCAGACCCUAAUAAAGCGGAUAUAGCACGUCAAUUCUUUACCCUAGCUUCUGCAGCAGAGGAGGGUGAGCUAACUGGGGAACUGGCACUAUUAAUGAAACGAUUAUGGCAGGACGCUGGAGUACAACUUUGUUUCACACGUAGUAGGGAAUAUCAGCUCAAUGAUUCUGCGGCAUAUUACCUUAAUGCUUUAGACCGUAUAGCACAACCUAAUUAUAUUCCUACUCAGCAAGAUGUUCUUAGAACACGUGUGAAAACAACAGGAAUAGUAGAAACACACUUUUCUUUCAAAGGCUUACAUUUUAAAAUGUUUGAUGUGGGUGGUCAAAGAUCAGAAAGAAAGAAAUGGAUACACUGUUUUGAAGGAGUUACUGCAAUCAUAUUUUGUGUUGCAUUAAGUGGAUACGACUUGGUUCUUGCAGAGGAUGAAGAAAUGAAUAGAAUGAUAGAGUCGAUGAAAUUGUUUGAUUCUAUCUGUAAUAGUAAGUGGUUUGUUGAAACAUCAAUCAUUUUAUUCCUAAACAAAAAAGAUCUUUUUGAGGAAAAGAUCACUAGGAGCCCAUUGACUAUCUGUUUCCCAGAGUAUAAGGGUGCCAAUACAUAUGAAGAAUGUGCUUCUUACAUUCAAAUGAAAUUCGAAAAUUUGAAUAAAAGAAAAGAUCAGAAACAAAUUUACACACAUUUUACAUGUGCUACUGACACAUCUAAUAUACAGUUUGUGUUUGAUGCUGUAACCGAUGUUAUAAUCAAAAACAAUUUGAGUAAUUGUGGUUUAUUAAGUUAAACAUACCAAUACCUUAUUAAAUCAAAAUGAGUAAAUUGACAUCUAAGAUGUAUAAACUUACGUGAGUGCACAAAGGAUACACAUGAGACUGAGAACAAAUUGUUAGGAACAGAAAUAUAAUUUGGGUAUACCACCAUGUAUACCAAUAAUGCAAUGUCUUCAUUUUGUCAUCUCCUGUUGGUUUUUACAAUAUUUUUAUAUAGUACUAUGAAAUAAUUUGUUAGAUCCUUAUCUAUAUCUUUCUCACGCAAAAUAUCAUGACAUUUAGUUGUAAUUGGUUACUUUUAACUUAUUACUUUAUUUUAAAUGACUAAUGUAAAAUUGGAAUAUUUGAAAAUUUAAAUUGUAAUCUUAUUAAGAGAGCAGAUACUGUUUCCAAACAAACAAAUAUCUGGUCUCUCUGCUAACUGCGUUUAGUAUAUUAACCAGAACUAGUUAGCUAUUAAUUUAGUAAUACCAUUUUGUAUAUAAUUUAUUCAUUAAAAAUAAUAUGUUUAUACUGAAUGGAAAUGUAUUUCCAUAACAGUGCUCGAAGCUAUUCAUUCCUCUUAUAAUAAUUUGUCCAUACUGCAAUGACAGACACAGUUCAUCGUGUUGACAGUAUAUAUUUAUACAAGCUAAAUUUGAUAAAAAAUUUUGUAAAGAAACAAGAACCUUUUUAUACGUAUCAUUAAAUAAUGUUUAAAGGGUUGUCAUUAUUGCUCUAUCUGCCAAACAAAUGACAAUGUUAGAAUUAGUUACAGAUUUAGAAAACAGUCUUAUUAUAUUGAUGAAAUAAAUAAAAAUCUUUUUUAAAAAAA